CACAGGUGAGACAGGGUGCUGCGCGGCCUCGUGGACGUGUUUGAGUCGAGUGCCGUGUCACGGCGAUGCUCACCUCAGCAGCUCGCAAAUAGCAGCACGCAGCGGGCGGCCCAUGCCAAGCGGCCGCGCUGGCAGCAUGCAUUCUCCGAGAAGGGGCCUCCUUGGAGCCUGCCGAGGCGAUCGACAGGGUGCAGCUGGCCUGCCUGCGGCGGCGGCAGGAGCGCUGAUCUGCACCGGUGCCCACGGAACGUCUCCAUGGCAGCUGCCGCUCGCUGGCGGCGCUCUGGCGAUCUUGGCUUGCUGCUACACACCCGGCGGGCGGGCGGAUUGGGCCGCGCAUGGACGACGACAAGCACGGCGAGGCGAGGCUCGGCUCAGCCCACCGACAGGCGCAAGCCCGCACGUUCGCCGGGCAGCACCGUGCCCCGUGCGCUCGCCGCACGGGCUGCGUCGAUCUGUGCAGUCUGAGUGCCAAGCCGUGCCGGCGAGGGGGCGCUGGGCCCUCUCAUGCGUGUGUGGCCGCACGGGGGC